AUGUCGACGGAUGCCGCGGCGGAAUUGUUGCUGUCGGGAGCGGCAGUCUUGUUGCUAACGCAUUCAUCCAGGAUCAUCCAAAGGUCGACGCGGGGCGCACGUUGGACGUCUCCCUACUCCCCAGCAACAAGCAACGCCACGACCUCCAUUGUCUUACUCUGGGUUGCGGCAUCCUUACAGCACAACGCACUGGCAAUCCAGACCAACGCCGUCUUUGCGUCUUGCCUCCUGGUAGUAGUCGUCGGUCCCGUCGCUCCCACUACCCGAGUAUUACGCACACCCGUGACCGACGCAAACUUUCCCACGGCGACAGCCGGCUAUGCUCCGACGGCCGUCUCACUGCCCUCCCGGUACCAGUGGUGGGCCCGUACGAGUGUGUCUGUCACGCCCACGGCACUCUGGACCAGUUUGUUCUUUGACACCACGACACGUCCCUGGUACAACCCGAUCAGCGCAACGGAACCCGUUGCGCGAGUGUCCGUCGCCUUGCUUUCUGGAGUCGCAACGUGGGUGAUGCUCAUGGCGUGGCACUAUUACCGUUACCGACGAAGGAAACCUCCUGCGCAACUCCACUACAGCGACGCGGGUUCCACUUUUGGGACUCCUUGGAAUGUGACGGAACAUACCAACAAGCAGAGUAUGGAACAACAUUGGUACCAAUGGACCGUGUACGAAACAAUAGUCUGGAUGGAAGACGUCGUUCGGCAACAGCAACAGCAAACGAACGAUGACUAUGAAAUUCCUUUCGACGUGGCCACAUUCUUGGGACCGGAACAAAUUCACGGUUACCAACUGCCCCAAUUGACGACUCGGGAUUUGACGGUCUUAGGUAUUCCGAUGGAUACCGCCUUGGGCAUCACCAAGGCUAUUGUACAAUUACUACAGCAGCAUCCGGGGCCCAACGGUAGCCUUUUCUACGGCAACCAAUCCGACUCGACUGUAUAUCCGACCAUUCGUACCACCGACUGGCUCGCACAACACGAUGCCGAAUACAAUUGCGUGAACAUCCGUGGCCCCCCAGUCCAAACUUAUCCGCAGCCGACGUCGUUGUCAAAUUUCUACAGCGCAGCCCCAACACACUACCAUCCAAAGGAUCAGCCGCAACAACAACAGCAGCAGCAGCAACAACAACGGCCAUUGACUCGUGAAACGGCCGACUUGCCCGACGAUGCACAAGAACGAGCCCAACGGAUGAUGCGGGAUAGGUAUGGUCUAGAAUUGCCAGCCUUUCGCACAGCGACGGUCUGCACCGACUCGGGUGGAGACACCGUCUCACCUGGGACGUAUCGAAACGACGACUCGCAGACCGUCCCCCCAACCACGGGAGCCGUUCCUCCGGACGGUCCAGUGCCCUCCUCCUCCGCACCCGUCCAUCUGACUCAGAGCAAUAGCAACGGCCGGGCUCCCCCUUCUCCAUCAGCAACGACACUACCGUCCGAUUUUGUUGCCAACUUGCCGCCACACAUCGCCGACAUUCUCCGUCAGAAACCCGAUUUGGUCGCACAAGUUUUGCGGUCGCACCGACGGGCCACCCAUAGGAACGAUGGCGCUCAAGCUGUAGUUCCACAGUCUUUCCACGAGACGUCGCUACCGCUAGACUCUUCUGUCAGGGAAACACACUCGCCGGGCGCGGACAACAAUGACGUUGGGGAUGUGGAGAGCACGCCCCUGCUGGCGGAUACGCCUAGCGCUUGGGGUGCCGACAACAACCAAGAAACCGCCGACCGUUUUAGCUACUAUGGUAGGCUGUUUCAACGGAAACUUGCUAUAGUUAGAAUAGCCCUGUGGCACGGAGGUGACAUUUCGGAUGCCGCUCCCCGACGAAAUGGGACUCGACGGGGAACGGAUUGUGGAAAUCCCAACGCCGGGUUCGGGUGCACUCCCGGAAUGCGACCCAGGGUGCGAGUACGACUCCCAUCGUUGUUGACAGUGAAAGAAGGAAGCCGUCCCGGAACAGAGAGUGUUCUCCCUACCUAUUGCCUACCCAACAGUAACCAACUCUCUCUUACUCUGUCUCCCCUUAUCGAUCGACCUUGUGCGGGACAGGUUUCGUUCCGGACCAAACCUGCUCUUUCGUUACCAAUCCACACACACAGGAAGGGGUGUACUUUUGGGUCGAGCAAUCUCACCAUGGGGGACAAUUUACUCGACGAUUUACUCGACGACAUUUUGAUCGAUACGGGAGCCGGGACGGAACAUGAUGAUCUACUCGAUCACUUGUUGGGGGACGACAAAGACGGGAACGCAGCAAUACCAACGUUGCAGGAGACGCUCAAUCGUCGUUCCCAUCAUUCCAGCAAUGGAGACAAUACGGCCGCGCACGAUGACAACGACGACGACAUUAACGAAACGGGUCACGACGGUGAUAACAUCUCCUUGCCGACCGAAACGGAAUCCGGCAUCGACAGCACACCCGACUCUCCGUUGGAAGACUUGUCGGCAUCCACCGAGGAAGAGAUCACCUUUGGACCAGACGAGACCAUUGUUCCAGCGAACCCUACGUUACGCACGGAACCUUGGAACGCUCCGACACCGCCGUCCACACCGUGGAAGACGACCGAUUCAAAGCACCGUCUUCGACGACGCGCCCCCGAAGACGUGACCUUGGCCCAGAGUGACGCCUUUUUGCGGCGUGGACUCCGCAGCGGAAACGACACCACCGUACGUGCCAAGCACCGUGCGCGGAAAAUAAAAAUUCCAAGAGCAGAACAAACGCGAAAGGUAACCGUCCCACUCACUCCCCACUUUCACGGGCGUUCCGUCGCCCAACCCGUCGGACGUAACGCAUCCCGCAACCAGGCUACGUGGGCGCAGAGCUCCCGAGUUUUUAGCGAGGGACUGCGGGACGGGAAAGAUAACGUACCUACCGCAGCCAAGGAUCACGACCCCAACCACAAUCGCCUGACGGUACCCGUCGGCCCCAAAUUCCACGGAACACCGCACGAAAUCCACAAACCCCCCAAAUUUCACGAGGACUUAAGCAUGGCCGAAAGUGUGGCUUCGUUUGGUCGUGGACUCCGUCGGAGUACCAAGAACGUUGGCACUUCGCCCCCUAAAGCGAGGCAUCGCGGUGUAACGGUUCCCGUGGAGCCCAAGUUUCAUUCCACUACGCACUAUACCCGAAACCGCCCAAAAAGCGCGGAAGAACAAGAAGCAGAGCUCAUGGAGUACUAUAAAGCGAACCCUAUCAAGGCAAAUCCGUUACCGAAUUACCUCGCUGCCAGUGGUGGCAACGCUCGUCCACAUCACCGAUCCAAGCAAGUAGACGCCGCUAGCUAUGUCCAGAAGGACGAACUCGACGCACUGGAGUGCCGAAAACAGUUCAAGGCACGACCCAUGCCACACUUUUCGGAAGAAGCGUUACUUUCGAAAACCCACGAACGUCGACCGCUGACGCAAACGGAGCCCUUUCGCUUUCGCGUCGCCCGUUUGGACUCGCCCACGCGUAAAACUAACGCAGCACCUACUUCCCCCGAACGCAGUGUCGACGACAAUGUCGCGGUGGCAUUCAAGGCUCGCCCCGUUCCGAAAUCGACCUACGUAUCCCCACCACGCAAAACCAAGACCCCGCGGCCUUGUGUUCCCAAUUUGACGCCCCAGGUACUCACACAUCCACGCUCCUACGAUCCGGCAAGGGAUGCCUCACGACACAUGCAGGCCGACAAUCGCGUGCGUCAACAGGCGCAAGCCAAGCAAAGUCGGCAACGGGAUCAGCAUUGGCAAGAUAUGCAACAUGCCAUGCAAAGCGUAAACAUGGGAAAGUCUACACCUACAAUCAAACCAUUUCAACUUGAAUCCGUGACCCGUCACGAAGCCUACCAAGCUGAGUUAGCCAUCAAGCGAGCACAGGAACAACGGGAACUUUAUGAAAGGGCGCAAUUCAAAGCCCGACCAGUGGGAUUUACAAAGCAAGCGUAGGCAUGGGGACCGCAACAUGACAACAUUCAGAAGGGGACAUAGAAUCGCCGGGGGUUCAAGGUGACGCACAAGUUAUUCGCUGUAUGGUACUCUUACAUGACUAGGUAGAAGAGUUGACGGUAAAUGAUAAUCGAUGCCUUUG